AGCGAAAGCUGAUGUCGAAACCCGAACUCCGAACAAACAAAUCGACAAAAUACACGGCAGACACAAAAGGACUCAGGCAAAACGAACUGUGAACUGCGAAUCGUGAACUGCGAACUGCGAACUUUGAUUGACAUUUCAAUUAAAUUACAGUCAAUUUGUGACGCUGUGAUUACGCUUGUUGUCCAAAUGUUUCGAGUGCAGAAAGUUUUGCUCAGCGAAUACCAGGAGAUCUAUGAGCCGGUAAUGAUCGAGAGUCCUUUUACGCUGGUGGAUGUCGACGGUCUUGGAUUGCGGCAGUAUCAAAUCGCACUCACUGGCAGCAAGUUGCUCUUUGGCAGUGACAAUUUUGACAAGCACGAGGAGCAGGGCGAGGAAUACGAUGAACCAGAUGUCUCCAAUCGUGGCCUCGACCCGGAGAUCGAGUGCUUCGAUCUGAUCAGCAUGGUGCCAUUGGAGUACAUACACUUUAACUUUUAUCGGCAACGCGAUCGCUGCCUGAUGAUGCUCAGCGUGCAGUCACUGGAUCAACAGCUAAAGUCCGAACCUCCAAUGGUCUUUGAGUUCGGUGGACACAUCCAUAAGCAAUACUAUUGGCACACCUGGCGGGAGCGCGUCUCAUUGAUACGGUGUUAUCAGACGCGCUUUAAUCAUAUCACUGGCGCCUCGCCAUUUUCAAGCAGCGACGUCCAUAUGGAGGAGGAGCUGCAUCACGUCCAGGUCCAUGUGCCACACAGGCCCCAAUCUGUCUACAGUCUCUGCUGCAGCUCUGCCGGCGGUGCCUGACCUACGGAUACUUAUAAACUUCUACAUAUUUUAUAUACCUCGUCCCUGGCCAUAGCAGCUUAGUUGCCUUUUACUGCUGCCAAUUCGAUUAAUGCAAAGUUGAACAACUACUUUCGGCCAGUUGUGUAACGGCAGCCAGUUCUUUAUUUAUUUAUUAAAAGCACCUUUGAGUGCUUCAAGAUGCGUGAUAUUAA